UCACUCACCACCCGCCUUGUAGGAGGAGGGUGUCUCUAGCUAGGUUGAAAUAGGCGUUGGCAAGAGAGUGUGACACCGCGAAUAAAUGUUGUCUAGAAGUUUAUAAGUUUUAAAAUAAUCAUCUCAACUAUAUUUUAAUAUGAAUUUCCGCAAUCUUUAACCUUACUUUCGAUUAUAAAUUCAAGUAUGUUGAAGCAAACCAACCACAACCCCAAGGCAGGGCGUAACUUCUUGGCACGGGCAACGGCAGAGGGGAGAAAAAGCCAAAGCAGAUGAAGCUCUAAUCUUCGCUUCAAACACUGGGAAGAAGGAGCGGCCCAUCCAUUGCCGAAAGUAUCGAAAUUUUCAAUUUUGCAACGCAUUUAUUGUUGGACCACUCAUCCUAUUCAGCCUCAGUCUCCUUCCAUAUUUGCGAUCAUGGAACCCCAAUUCACUCGUGAUUUUGCUGCGCAGGACCUUCCAUCUUCUACCGUCAUCGCGAUUUUAUCGAGAUUCCACCGCAGGCCGGCAACGCUCCGCUCUGGAUUCAACAUCCCAACUGAUCGAUUAGAACUAUUGGGUUCUUGCAAUUGCUUGCUUUGUUUGCUGGAUGGCUCUUCUUUAGAUUCCAUUUGCAUAUGCAAUCCCAGUUUGGGAGAUUCCACAGCCCUUGAGGAGCCCAGUGGGGAUAAAGAUGUUCAACGAGUGGGUUACUGGAUUGGGUUUUGUCCAGCCACUGGUAAAUCCAAGGUCAUAAGAGUUGUAAAUGAAAGAGUUAGGAAAUCAGAGGUUGAGGCUUGCAUCUUUGGCUCUGAUACAUGGAGACAUCUGGGUGAUUCCAAAUUCCUGAUUUUAGGGGAAACGGUUAUUGGUAAUUUCAGUGGAGCUCUUAAUUGGGUUGAUGAUGGUUGUGGAAAUUCUGAACUCGUAUGUUCCUUUGGGAUUGGAAAAGAACAAUCCCUCCCAAUCCCCCCGCUUUCUGAGACGACAUUGGGAGUUUUAGGAACUUGCAUAAUUUGUAUUUUUGACAAUCCCUAUCAUGGUCUUGUUGACAUAUGCACCUUGAACGGUUAUGGAGUUGCAGGAUCUUGGACAAAAGGCCACUUUGCGGAAACCUCAGGUUCAUCGAGAUUGUUACGCCUGAAAACAUUUUUGGGAGAUGGAGAGAUUUUGAUCUCUUCUUGUUAUGGUGGCCCGUUUUCUUAUGAUCCCAAAGGAAAGAAUUCAACGAGAAUUAAACUUUAUGGUUCGCAAGAACCAGGGUCUGAGGUAGUUGCUUAUAUUCCAAGACUUAUCUCCCUCAAGGAUGCUGUGGUGGGAGAACAGUCUAGGCUAGCGAGAAUCCGAUCUAAGCGCUUGUGUACUGCUUCCAUCUGCAGUUCCAUCAUCAGAGAAGACGUCAAGUCGAAGAGAUGGAAAACAAUUGAAGCAAGAACUCGAGUGGUGACAGCUAGUACUGGUGUUUCCAUGCUUGAUCUCCCCUCCCCGAUCCUCACUGAUAUUCUUUCAAGACUUCCAGUCAAGACCAUUUUCAACUGCAUGCAGGUCUGUAAAAUUUGGCGCAACUUACUAACGGACCCUUAUUUUGCUCGUUGCUAUCGAAGCCGAUCACCCACCACUGGCGUUGUUCUUACCAUCAAUGCUACUGUCCACUUGCUUGAGCUCGGACAAGACUACAGUUGCAAUGAUCGGCUCAACAAGCCGAUGAGCUUCAACUCCAAAUACAAUAUCCCGAGUAAGCGACUAUAUUUGGUGGGCUCUUGCAAUGGCUUACUCUGUCUGUUGGAUCGAUCCCCCCCCGACUCUGUCUACAUAAGCAAUCCGAUCUUGGGAGAAUCCAUUGCCCUUCCAAAGCCCAAAACAGAGAAGAAUGGAGUUCGGGUUGCUUAUGCUUUCGGAUUUAGUCCAGCUACCGGGGACUACAAGGUGAUAAGGUUCACGAACAAAAAACCCGAAACUCGGUUAUCAAAGGUUGAAGUUUGCACUCUUGGAUCCGGUGCAUGGAGAUACGCCGGAGAUGCCCCCUUCUGUGACAUGCAGGGCAGUGCCAAUCUGAAUGGAGCUCUUCACUGGCUUGAUGAUAGAAAUGAUUCUGAGUUCAUAUGCUCCUUUGACAUCGGGGAAGAAAAAUUCCGACCAAUUCCUCUGCCGCCGGGGAUCGGAAGUAACACAUCCUGGUUGACUUUGGGAGUUUUGGGAAGUCGUCUGUGCAUCUUUGACAACUAUUAUCAUGGUCAUGUUGAUGUGUGGUCCUUAAAAGGUUGUGGAAUUGCAGGGUCUUGGACUAAAGACUACGUUGUUCAAACGGCGGGUUCGUCAAGGUUGCCGGAUUGCGUGUUCCGGCCGGUGACACUCUGGCAAGAUGGAGAGAUUCUCAUCUCAUGUCGUUAUGGUUUAUUUUCUUAUGAUCCCAAGCAAAAGAAUUCCACCAAAAUUAAUGUUUAUGGCAGUCAGUUAGGGUCUACAGCAGUUUCUUACUUUCCCAACCUUAUUUCCCUCGAGGAUAUUGUGAGGGGAGGAUGUACAGCAUAGUUGGAUAUGUUUUUCUUUUCUUUUUCUUUUUUAAUGUAAGAUAUUGUGUGAAAAUGUUUUUGAAUGUAAAAUGUUUUACGAGGAAAUGGACAAGGGAGGGCAACUUAAUUA